UCUUCGUUUUUCUUCCCAUUUUAAAACUCAUCAAAAAAGAAAAGAAAAAAAAAAAAACUGUCUCAGAUCUGAGGUGCCGUUGCUGAUUAGUUCAUCAGCUUGAUUGAAUCUGACGCCUAUUAUCGUCGCCGGCACCGAUCUGUUGCUUUAAAAAGAAAUGGAUAAUUUAAUUUCUCUUGUGAACAAGAUUCAAAGAGCUUGCACCGCUCUUGGUGACCAUGGAGAAGCAAGUGCAUUGCCGACUCUUUGGGACUCAUUACCUGCGAUUGCCGUCGUCGGCGGUCAGAGUUCAGGGAAGUCUUCGGUGCUCGAAAGCAUUGUCGGCAAAGAUUUUUUACCCCGUGGAUCAGGAAUUGUUACCCGGAGACCUCUGGUGUUGCAGCUUCAUAAGAGUGAUGAAGGAAGCAGAGAAUACGCUGAAUUUCUUCACCUUCCAAGAAAAAGAUUUACCGAUUUCGCUGCCGUCAGGAAGGAGAUUCAAGAUGAGACGGAUAGAGAAACUGGCCGAACCAAGCAAAUCUCCAGUGUUCCAAUUCAUCUUAGCAUAUAUUCUCCCAAUGUUGUCAAUUUGACUCUGAUUGACCUUCCUGGUCUUACGAAGGUAGCAGUUGAGGGUCAGCCCGAGAGCAUUGUGCAAGAUAUUGAGAACAUGGUUCGCUCUUACAUUGAGAAGCCCAACUGUAUUAUCUUAGCAAUUUCACCUGCUAAUCAAGAUCUUGCUACAUCGGACGCAAUUAAAAUCUCAAGAGAGGUGGAUCCUACAGGGGAGAGGACUCUUGGUGUCUUGACAAAGAUUGAUCUGAUGGAUAAGGGCACUGAUGCAGUUGAUAUAUUGGAAGGCAAAUCUUAUCGGCUGAAAUUCCCUUGGGUUGGUGUUGUGAAUCGCUCACAAGCAGAUAUUAACAAGAAUGUUGAUAUGAUUGCUGCUCGACGUAGAGAGCGUGAGUAUUUUUCUAGUACGCCUGAGUAUAGGCAUCUUGCUCAUAGAAUGGGUUCUGAGCAUCUUGCUAAGAUGCUUUCAAAGCAUUUGGAAACUGUUAUCAAGUCUAGAAUCCCUGGCAUUCAGUCCCUUAUUAAUAAAACAAUUGCUGAACUUGAAACCGAAUUGAGUCGCCUUGGAAAGCCUAUUGCAGCUGAUGCGGGUGGGAAGUUGUACACAAUUAUGGAGAUUUGCCGUCUUUUUGAUCAAAAUUUCAGAGAACAUUUGGAUGGGGUGUAUGUAUCAAGUCUUGUUUUACCUUCCUUAAUACACCUGUCUUUAACAUCAUUCAAUUUUGCUAAUUUUGUUAGAGAUUUUGUCUUGACUUUCAAUGUUGUUCACAGGCGUACUGGUGGUGAUAAGGUUUACAAUGUUUUCGACAACCAACUUCCUGCUGCUUUGAAAAGGUUGCAAUUUGACAGGCAACUAUCAAUGGAGAAUAUUAGGAAGCUCAUUACUGAAGCUGAUGGCUAUCAACCACAUUUAAUAGCUCCUGAACAAGGAUACCGUCGUUUGAUUGAAUCUACUUUAGUUACUAUCAGAGGUCCAGCUGAGGCUGCUGUUGAUGCGACUCAUUCCAUUCUGAAGGAUCUGGUUCACAAGGCUAUGAGUGAAACUCCAGAGUUAAAGCAAUAUCCUGCACUCAGAGUAGAGGUGGGAAAUGCUGCAAUUGAGUCUCUUGAAAGAAUGAGGGAUCAGAGCAAAAAAGCAACACUUCAACUGGUUGAUAUGGAAUGUUGUUACCUUACAGUUGAGUUCUUCCGAAAGCUUCCUCAAGACGUGGAUAAGGGUGGCAGUGCUACGCAAUCUAUAUUUGACCGAUACAAUGACUCCUACCUGAGGAGAAUUGGAAGUACAGUUUUGUCUUACGUAAAUAUGGUCUGCGCUACUUUGCGCCACUCGAUUCCAAAGUCCAUUGUUUAUUGUCAAGUCCGUGAAGCUAAAAGAAGCCUGCUUGACUUUUUCUACACGGAAUUGGGUAAACUGGAGCAAAAACGAUUAUCGGCAUUACUGAAUGAGGAUCCAGCAAUCAUGGAACGCCGAUCCGCUCUUGCGAAGAGACUGGAAUUAUAUAGGAGUGCACAAGCUGAAAUCGAUACGGUCGCUUGGUCCAAGUAAAGAGUGGGUAAAUUUAGAUCCAUGGGGCAUGGUAUUGGGAUCUGUUUUGUUGUAUUUUCGUUAAAGCAAUAUAUUUUUUACCAUAUUUUAGAAUCCAAACAUCAUUUGUUGUGUAUUCUGAGUUUCUUUAAAGCUGUAUAAUAUGCAUGUUUUGCCACUUUAUCCUUUAUGUGAAUUUUCAUUCAUUAAUUUAAGCAUCCGAACACAUUUUGGAAAUAA